AUGAACUAUUUAUAAAUUUCUUUGAUCGUCUAUUUUGUUUUUAGAGGCUCUUCAACAGCAUUCACUAUCACAGAGAUCAAUGAGCCACCAUUAUUAAUCAAAAUGCAUCCUAAUUAGCAUAGAACUAUCACAUUUGAUGAUGCUCGAGAUGCAAUUCUUUAAUCAUUUAAUCAAAGCAAAUGUUGCGAAGUCACUUCACUGCAGGUUUAAUUUGAAACCUAAGAAUUCAGAAUCAUUUAGCAUCAAGAUUUUAAGGAAAGUGAUUUCUAACUAGACGGUGUUCUCAACUUUCGUUAAUUUGUUUCAAUGAUUCAUAUAAAAGAUGGAAUGUUAGCAAUUACUUCUGAUUCAAUUGCAUACAUCCUGAAAUUUAAUUACGAUAGGGUUUUCGUACAUGAUUUUGAAGAGAAAGGUUAAUAGUUUGCUAGGAUUCGAUUGAAGGCAGACCUAUAAACGAUUGCCCCAUCAUUGGUUGCUAAAAAUGAAAUGCCACAAUUAUUAUUUGCACCUUCUACUAAUCUAGUUUUUUUGUUGUUUAGUGAUAGUGCUCAAGUGUUUAGUAUGCAAUAAAUGGAAUAGUAAGCUGAUUCACUUGAUGUGUAUUAAAUAAAUGAUUGGAGAAGAAGAAAGUAGAGAGGAUUGACAAAGGAAAUAGAUGGCUUAGUAUUUAGUGUUGUUGGAAGAGAUGGUUUAGAUGUCUAUAAGAUUGUACAGAAGGAUCUAAAGUUCCUUAAGAAUUUGAAGUUCGAUACUCUUGGUUUGAAUUACUCAAUAGAUAUUGCUGAUUUCGCUAUUUUGAAGCAUGGAACAAAGGAGAAUCUUUAUUCAAUGUUUUUAUUGGAUAGAAAUUGUGGUUUAUUUUUGAUAGAUGUUUUUAGAGAUUAAUCUAUUAGUUUUGGAUUAAGAUCUUGGAUUAGUGAAUAAUCAGGUGGGAUAUCAGUGGACACUCGAAAUGGUCGAAAUGUAUUUAUGGCCUAUUAAUCUCUGAAUCAUUAUUAUGUACUUGAAUUCAAUGUUGAUUUAGAUAAUGGAAAUAGCUUUAUAAUUAGGAUAAAGCAAAUUAAUCAUCGUGUCAUUGAUUUGGAUGCCACAGAAGACUUUGUCAUUGUUUAAGGAGUGAAUUAGCAUAUGAUUUUAUUUGCAAAUGGGUAUGAUUAUGUAAUGAAUCAUCAUCAAGAUUAAAUAUUCAAACAUUUGGGUUUACGAGACUUCGCGUUUUUUAAUCAAUCCUACAAAUUGGAUGACAUGGACGAUAUCACCAAAAAAUACUAUUAUGAUGACUUCUUCUUUGGAAUCACUGCCUAAAGUGCUUUUCUUACCCGUUUUUAGAUAGACCCAAUCAAAUUGAAGUGUCUCUAUUCCUAAUCUGAUGUUGGCCAAACCUUCACAUACACUCUCCAAUACAACAGUACACUCGAUAAUAUUUAAGAUUUAGUAGUGAGACACACUCAAAUUGUGAAUGUGGAAGUGGUGAAGACAUACUUCUAUGAAGAAGAGUAAUACUUAAUAUUUUUCAUUGUUGUUUUGUUGGGAUUGAUACUGAUUGUGGGAUUGGGAUGUGCAUGCUAAUGGUAUUUGAAUAAUAAAAGAGAGUAUCAAAUUUUGGUAGAAUAUGUUUAGAAAAGUGCUCGAGAUAAAGGAAUCAAGUAGGAAGACUAAACUUCAGUAUUUUAAUAAAAAAAUAAGUCAUUUUUACAAUGA